AGAAUGCCGAACUUAAAAAUUAAAAGUGUGAAAAUAAUGACAGAGAGGUGAUAAGUGUGAUUCAAAAUGGCGAUGGUUAUAUCUCAGACGACUAAAGCGGCGAUCGGUGGGUUCCUGGCUCUCAUGGUUUUGGGGGCUGUGCUGGUGGUGGGAGCUGCCUUCGGGUGGUUCGAUCCUAAAAGAGAAGACGAGGAUACGCCAGCGAAAGUCAGCGCGAGGCUGCAAGGGCGGACGUCUUUUGUCACGCAUCGAGCUGUAAAUCCUGAGGAGAACCGGCUGCCUGUAGUGUCACAUUCUUCCCCAUUCUACAUCGGGGAAAAAGGAGAAUCGAUACAGUCACCGGGAUACUGCAGGUGCUCCCCAAAUGAUGUCUCACAGAUCCUGGAGACCACACCAGAAUUGAGAGGACCCCCCGGUCCACAAGGACCUACUGGUGCUGAUGGGACCACAGGAGCACCUGGGAAGACCGGUCAAAUGGGUGAUCCAGGACCGCCAGGGCCUAUAGGCCUAAAAGGAGAUCGAGGAGAAAGGGGAGAAUCGGGCACACCGGGCCCUGAAGGCCAGCCUGGGCCGAAAGGGGAACCUGGCCUUGAUGGUAUCCAAGGCCUCCAAGGCCCACCAGGUCCACCCGGCCCUCCUGGAGCAGUGUCUUCUGCUCUGAUGGAAUCAACGGUAUUAUACGGGUCUGGUAACGGUGGUUUACCUGGCCCUGUAGGGGAAAGGGGACCAAUGGGACUUUCCGGUCCUCAAGGCGAAAGGGGAUAUCAAGGAAACAAAGGGGAAAGAGGAUUACAUGGUCCAAAGGGAGACAAAGGUGAAAGGGGUUUCAUAGGCCUCAGAGGCCCACAUGGUGCUAAAGGCGAAAGGGGACAGCCGGGCAGAGACGGCACGCCCGGCCUGCCAGGCGCCCACGGCCGACCAGCUGAAAAAGGCGAAAAAGGUGCGCGCGGUCUGCCCGGUCCCCCCGGGCCUCCGAUGCCUGUACCAACAACGGUAUCAGAAAAUACUAUUACAACGGAUAAUAUAAGAAAUGCGGUUCGAGACCCACAACACUUGAAGGCACUGAAAGGGGACCGAGGGGAGAAGGGGGAUAAGGGUGAAAAGGGUACGAGAGGCAUGGAAGGACCACAGGGUUUCCCGGGUAAUGACGGGAAACCGGGCGAGCGAGGGGACAUCGGGCCAUCUGGGCUGCCUGGAACCCAGGGCCUGACGGGUCCAGCUGGCAUUAAAGGAGACAAGGGAGAAGCGGGUCCCCCAGGACCAGUGGCAAUAUCAAGGGACGAAGCGCUUGUAUUGACGAAGGGAGAUAAAGGCGAAUCAGGGCCACGGGGUAAAAGGGGCCACCCUGGACCACCUGGCCCCAGAGGUCCUCCAGGCCUCCCUGGCCCGCCAGGCACACCUGGCACUAAUGGACCUUCAGGAGACAUAGGCCUGCCCGGAUGGACGGGUCCACCUGGGGCUGCCGGCCAACCGGGACCCCCAGGGCCUAAAGGCGAGAAAGGAGAUUCUGGAUUAAAUCCAUUAGAUUUAGAAAAGAUAAAAGGUGAGAAAGGCGACCGGGGUUACGACGGGGCCCCGGGCGCGCCGGGGAAAGAAGGGGCGAGGGGGCCCCCUGGGCCGGCUGGUAACCCGGCGUCGAAUGUGAAAUACGUUCCGGUGCCUGGGCCACCGGGGCCCCCGGGGCCCCCGGGCCCUGCAGGCGGCCCUUACGAGGCCCCGGCCGAUACAUUGACCGAUAGUCCAGGGAUUAAUCGGCGGGAGCCGGGCACAGGAAAACAACGCAACCCGCUCAACAUUCUGCGAAAUCUAAACCACUUAGUGCAAUUCCGCCCAGAGUCAUACGGUUUCUUAGAUCCAAUGGGAGAUAACUCGGAAUUCGAUGAUGACGAAGAUGGCAGAGCUAUAGUUGGGACUAUCAUAUUCAAAACUACUGACUCCUUACUCAGGCUGGGAGCGAACACACCUUUAGGAACAUUAGCGUACGUGAUACAAGAGCAAGCUUUGCUGGUUCGCGUCAACACUGGAUGGCAGUACGUGGCGAUGGGAUCACUUCUAGCUAUCCACACGCCACCCAACAGCCCAACAAGAGUGCCAAUACAGAACAUUCUAGAAACGUCUAGUCUUGUUCAUCAUAAAAAUCAGCUGGUGGAAGGACCGGUGUUGCGACUGGCAGCACUGAACGAGCCUCACACGGGCGACAUGCACGGAGUGAGCAGCACCAACUACGAGUGCAGGAGGCAAGCCCAGAGGGCUAACUUGGAGGGAAACUUCCGCGCGUUCGUGUCCUCGAGGGUCCAAACAAUGGACACCAUAGUGUCUUGGGCCAACCGUGCGACCCCUGUGGUCAACAUUCGAGGGGACGUCCUCUUCAACUCAUGGGCAGAAAUGUUCGACGGAUCGGGCGCGCUGUUUGCGCACGCGCCGAGGAUCUUCAGCUUUAGCGGCCAAAAUGUGCUCAUGGAUCCUGCGUGGCCUACCAAAGCGGUCUGGCACGGUGCCAACCCCAACGGAGAGCCGGCGAUGGACGCGUACUGCGACGCGUGGCACAGCAGCAACGCGGAGAAGUUCGGCCUGGCCUCCUCGCUGCACUCCAACAAACUGUUGGACCAAGAGACGUACUCAUGCAGCAGUAGACUGAUUGUUCUGUGCGUGGAGACCGCACCUGUAAAUACUGUAAGAAGAAAAAAACGAUCCAAGUAUCGGCCAGACAAACUACAUCCUUCACUGGAUAUCGAAGAACAACUGAACGACACUAGUAUUAACUUAUAGAGGUUUUAGAUAUUUUUAUUGAUAAGAAAAAAAUGUGAAGACUGUAAAUAAAUUAUAAUUAUACCUGUUUCGUAAAGCAAUGAUUCCGGUGGAACAUAUCGACAAUAUAUUUCUAAAACAACGUAUUAAACUGCCCUUGCUUCCUAAGAGGUUUUCCUUAAUACUGCGUAAGAAUUUUUUUUAAAUAUUAUAAUAAUUAAAAAAUAAGUAAUUCAAUUAAAGAACUAAAUCCUUUUUGAGUUGAAACGAGAUCAUUUUACUGGACUUUAAUGUGACAAGCUCUAAACAUAAGGUAAAGGCAUUUAGUUAGGGAUCCUAUGGAUCCCAUGAACAAUCUAAUUUUCGUCACCACUUAGAUGUUACGUAUCCCCUAAGCCUAGAGGAUCGAUAGUUUGAUUUCCAUAGCAACGAGUCAAUUCUAGGUAACACCUAAUCACAAUAUUAUUCAUUGGUCCUACCUAUACCUACUUAUUCGUGGAAUUUACGUAAGUAUCAAAUUUACGGAACCAAUUAGUUUAGCUCUAGGGAAUACCUACUUAGGGGCUUGUCGGUAAAAUGGGCAUUAGUAUACCCAUUUUUUUUCUAUUUAUAAUUUGUUUGUGUGUGAAAUCUUCCAUGAUUUUUAUGAGUAUGUUUUUUGAUGUCCUAUUUUAGAUUUAUUUAGAAGUUCUUUUAUUCUUCUUACGUCAGUAUAAAGGAAAAUAUCAAUUUCAAUGUGUAACAAUCUUGUAGUCAUGUGAAUACCUACUAAAUAGGCUUCGAAUCGUUUUGUAACGUAAACUCUAUCAACACAUCUCAAUGUCUUGUGUAUAAAAUAUAAUAUACUUAAUCGUAUGUCUUAUUGUAAAUAUUUAUUAUACUUUAACUUUUUCAUUUGUCCGUUUAUUGCUUGGUCCAAAAAUGAUUGU